AUGGAAGGAACAAUCCGGUGCCCGGCCAACUACGUCCCGCUUACUCCGAUCAGCUUCCUCAACAGAGCCGCCUUAGUCUUUGGCCACAGAACCUCCGUCAUCUAUGGUGAUAUUCAGUACACGUGGCAGCAGACUCGUGACCGUUGCGUCCGCCUCGCCUCUUCUCUCUCCGACAUCGGUCUCUCCCGCCACGACGUGGUAGCUGCAUUGGGACCAAACGUUCCUGCGAUAUGUGAGCUGCAUUUCGGAGCUCCGAUGGCUGGAGCCGUACUUUGCGUGUUGAACACGCAUUACGAUCCUCAGAUGCUUGCGAUGGCGCUAGAGAAAACCAAACCAAAAGUCUUCUUCGUCGACUCUGAAUUCAUCUCCCUAGCUGAAGAAUCUCUCAACCUCCUCACCGAGGAACAACGUCCUCUCAUCAUCACAAUCACAGAAAAUCCAACCGAGAAAUCAAACUACAUGCAGUACGAAGAUUUUCUCUCCUCCGGAAACCCUAACUUCGAACCGAAACGACCUCUCGACGAAUGCGAUCCAAUCGCGCUCAACUUCACGUCGGGAACAACAUCGACCCCCAAAUGCGUCGUCUAUAGCCACCGCGGCGCGUAUCUCAACGCAACCGCUGUUGGUGUUAUCAACGAGAUGAGACCAAUGCCGGUUUAUCUAUGGACAGUUCCGAUGUAUCAUUGUAGCGGUUGGUGUUCUGUUUGGACAGUCGCGGCUUUUGGUGGAGUCAACGUCUGUCUAAGGGAAGUCAACGACAAAGUUAUAUUUGAUAGUGUCGUGAAGCACAAGGUAACUGAUUUUGGUGGCUCGCCUGCGCUUCUCAACAUGAUCGCCAAUGCACGAGACUUGGUCAAGAAGUCUUUCCCGUGGACCGUUCAGGUUAUGACCGGCGGUUCCCCGCCGCCUCCUGAGAUUAUUUCGAGACUCGGGAAACUAGGGUUUAGGGUGAUGACAGCUUUCGGGAGCACAGAAGUGUAUGGAGCAGGAGCAGCAUGUUUAUGGAUGCCUGAAUGGGAGACUCUACCUGAGGAAGAGAGUUUGAGGCUCAAGGCAAGACACGUCAACCAUUUUGCUAUGGAAGCCGUGGAUGUGAUGGACCCAAACACCAUGAAACCGGUUCCACACGAUGGAAAGACGAUCGGGGAGAUUGUUCUUAAAGGAAACACCGUCAUGAGCGGUUACUUCAGUGACAAGGAAGCCACGGAGGCGGCUUUUAAAGGCGGAUGGUUUUGGAGUCGCGACAUGGCUGUCAUAGAUCCUGAUGGGUACAUACAUGUGAAAGAUAGGUCACAAGAUGUAAUAAUAUGCGGCGGAGAAAUCGUGGGGUCUACGGAGAUCGAAGGGCUUCUGUAUAGUCACCCGGCGGUUUAUGAAGCAGCGGUGGUUGGACGACCGGACGAAGCUUUAGGAGAGUCGGUGUGUGCUUUCGUGAAGCUCAAGGAAGGAGCUGAAGCGAAAGAGGGAGAGAUCAUUGAGUUUUGUGAGAGAAAGCUUGGGAACAAGAACAAGAAGAUGGUUCCAAAGACAGUUGUCUUCUCGGAUCUUCCUAAGACUUCUACUGGGAAGACUCAGAAGAAUGUUCUGAAAAUGAUGGCUAAGAAUAUGGGCCAUGUGCCUAUGUUCAGUAGCAAGCAGUGA